CGCUUCCACAUGAAUGAGUGCGGAAGCAGCAUUUGCCGACCAUAUUGACUCCUGCUAGCGACGAGAUGAUUGCUGGGAGUAACUGUGAGCGUUCACCGUCUCUCAGAUUGGCUGCUGACUCGGUGGCGAUGGCGAGUAGUUACCUUAUCGGCUACGGGAGGAAUACAAACGACCAGGGUGCGCGACGAGCAACGAAUGUGACGUUCCAGAGCCAUCAUGUGUCCCGAGACAAGAGAGGACAGGUUCUUGGCCAGAGAGGAGGGUUCCGUGGAUGUACCAUCUGGUUCACCGGUCUGUCUGGAGCGGGUAAGACGACCCUCUCUUUCGCACUGGAGGAGUACCUGGUAACCCACGGUAUCCCCGCCUAUGGCCUCGAUGGUGACAACGUGCGCACAGGCCUCAACAGCAACCUCGGCUUCAACUCUGAAGACAGGGAAGAGAAUAUCCGGCGUAUCUCUGAAGUCUCCAAGCUGUUUGCUGAUGGUGGUAUUGUCUGUCUGAGCAGCUUCAUCAGCCCCUACCAGAGGGACCGAGAAAAGGCACGCACACUCCAUGAAGAGGCUGGCCUGCCGUUCUUUGAGAUCUUCGUGGAUACCCCUCUAGAUGUCUGUGAGCAGAGAGAUGUGAAGGGCUUGUACAAGAAAGCCAGGGCUGGAAUGAUCAAGAACUUCACUGGUAUCGACUCUGCCUACGAACCUCCCUCAAAACCUGAACUCACCUUGAAAGCCGGCUAUGACACGAUCGAUGAUUGCGUUCAGAAGCUGGUUCAGAUGCUGCAAGAUCGCUGCAUCAUUCCAAUCCAUGCCUCCAAUCAAGUGAAGGAGUUGUUCGUCCCUGAGAACGGUGUUGAGGCUGCCACGAAGGAGGCGGAGGCACUCAAGUUUGUUGAGAUCACAAAGCUUGACUUACAAUGGGUGCAGGUGCUGGCUGAAGGCUGGGCGACGCCACUGACAGGCUUCAUGAGGGAGAGGGAAUACCUCCAGUCACAACACUUUGGAUGUCUCUUGGAUGGUAUCCAGUACAGUAACCAGUAUGUGAUUUCACAGUACAAUACAAGUUUAUGUGGCGUGACCAACCAGUCCAUCCCUAUUGUUCUCCCAGUACAGACCGAGGACAAAGAGAGCUUGCAGGGCAGUGAGGCCAUGGCACUCAAAUACAAUGGCAAAUGUGUCGCAAUCCUGCGAUCACCAGAGUUCUUCGAGCACAGAAAGGAAGAAAGAUGCUGCAGGCAGUUUGGGACAUCGAACCGAGGGCAUCCCUAUGUCAAGAUGAUUAACGAGAGUGGUGAUUGGCUUGUUGGUGGCGACCUGGAAGUCUUACAGAGAAUACGCUGGGAUGAUGGUCUUGAUCAGUAUCGACUCACUCCACUGGAACUGCGCGCAAAAUUCCGUGAAAUGAAGGCUGAUGCCGUGUUUGCAUUUCAACUCCGCAACCCGAUUCACAACGGCCAUGCGCUCCUCAUGGCUGACACCAAAAAGAGACUUUUAGACCGAGGUUACAUCAACCCUGUCUUAUUACUACAUCCACUAGGUGGCUGGACCAAGGAUGAUGAUGUACCCCUUACCACCAGAAUGAAACAACAUAUGGCUAUCCUCGCAGAGAAAGUACUAGAUCCUGCAUCCACCGUAGUGGCCAUCUUCCCCUCACCCAUGAUGUAUGCAGGACCAACAGAAGUUCAGUGGCAUUGUAAAGCCAGGAUGAAUGCUGGUGCCAACUUCUACAUCGUUGGCCGUGAUCCUGCUGGUAUGCCCCACCCUGACACAAAACAAGAUAUGUAUGAAGCCACACAUGGAGGAAAGGUGUUAUCGAUGGCCCCAGGUCUGACCAAAUUAGAAGUCAUUCCAUUCAGAGUCGCUGCCUACAACAAAGUCAAGAAAGCAAUGGACUUCUUCGACCCGGAAAAGAAGGACGACUUUCUCUUUAUUUCCGGGACGAAGAUGCGAGCACUAGCUCGUGCAGGUGAAACUCCCCCGGACGGUUUCAUGGCUCCGUCAGCGUGGAAGGUCCUCUGUGAAUACUACCAAUCAAUAAACAAAUAAGGGAGCUAGCUUUAUUAGGAAAAUGUGUAGCAAUGUGAUAGAAGCUGAGAGAGGUGGUUUAGACAGCCUAUCUUAGAGAUCAGAUGAUGUGUAAUCUGGCCACAAGCUGCACGCUGUGAAUGGCAAAACGACCAUGUUACUUCAGCCCUGCGCUCUGUCAUGUUACCUUUUACAUGGCAGCGUCAUUUUGCUAUCUCUGGUCACCUGUUGGCUACUAUGGUGGUGGACACCAUUCAUAGCUCAGUGACAUGUUUGGCUAAAUGGCAGGGUGUAACUGCAUUUCAACUACUAGCAAUAUCAUAUCUAGUAAGAUACUAAUUCUGGUCAAUGGGAGUGUGUGUAGCACAUUCAGAGUAAGUGUCAACUAGUCACUGCAUCAUGGACAAGAGACCAUGCUGUGUUUUUUAUCAUUUGCUCAAAUAUAGGAAUAUACUGGUAUGGGCUUUAUUUCAUGUCCUGCUCAAAAUACCUACAAAAUACUCUAGCAUACUUGCCAGUGGAGGCCCACCACCUCUCUCAGUUUCACCCUGAAAGUGGUAAUGGACUCAGUCCAUUACUUAUAUUGUGGGUUAGUCUAUUUAUCUCCUGGUAGGGUAUGUUUAUUAACCCUUGUAUGGUCUAAUGGAAAUGGUGAUUGAGGUAUUAUUGUAAGUUCAGUGAAGCCUGAAUUGUAGCUAACUAAUUAAUGGCUGGUGUACAGGUAAUGCACUGCAGCUGACUAUGCUGAGUAUACAGUGAGAAGUUAGGUCAUGUUGGCAUGCUGAGCUUGAUUGAGUUGUUAGAGAGAAAGUCAGAUAGAGGACACAGCACAUUGUUCUCAUUUGAUGAAAUUGACCAUCCCCUGUUGAUUACCUUGAUUUAAACAUUCCAACUUCAGAUGUGCUGGUCACUUGAGGCACUUUCUGGGUUGUUGAGUUCAUAUACCCAUUGAAGGUAAAAACCAAUGUUCUGUGAUAUAUUUUGUUUCCACUUGACCAUUAGACCAUGAAGGGUUCAUAGUGUCAGACCAGUCACCAUAUUUAUCUGUUGUAUACCUCAUCUACUGAUUCUAGUUUGGAGGCAGCUUGUUCUCAUAUCUAUCCUGACUAUCUCUUUCCAACAAUCUUUGAGUUCUUGAUGUUUUUUCUGAAGAUUCAAUGAAAGGUGCCACCUUGCUCCUAUAAAGAGAGUUCAACAUGAUUCUCAAGCAAACCUUGCUAACUUUCUUUUCGACAUGUUUUCAAGCCAUCCAAGCUCAUUGUUGGAAGGACUAAUACCUGUACAUCUCCAGAUAAAUAAGACACCAAUUUGCCUCUUCAUAUUCUUGUUUCUUUGUGUACAUGUUUUAUCAUAGUCUUCCUGUGUACUGUUGUAUUCUACGUACAUGUAUGUUUCCAGUUUGGUAGCAACAGUAGUGAUGUAUAUGUACAUAUUGAUCAGGACGGAAGUGUGUCGCAGACAUUCUGAGACAGUCAUGAACAAAAUGACAACUGUUUUGACUUCAGAAUGUGUUUAUACACUUCAGCCCCAAUUGAGUAGAAUGGGUAAUGUACAGUUCAUUGUCUUUUUAUAGAAAUACACUUUUCCACCAAGUGCCUUUAAUUCAUGUGUCCUCACAGUGUUGUCCAGUUGCCAGGUGUUUGACUUCAUUCCAAGGCAAAGGGAAAGUCAAGAUUUAAAGUCACCUGGUGGAAUGAUUGUGUACUAGAUGAAAAGUUGUGUGUGUGAUUUGGCAGCAAUGCAGCUGAUGUACUAUUAACUCUGUUGUGGAUGAUAGAUAGGAAACAUUCAUAUUCUCUACUUGAAUGGGAGGCAAAGUUCCUUUGACACAAUCGUAUGAGACUAUGAAGAAUAGUGGAAAAUGAAAUAUUCAUAUUUGCCCAUAUGAAGGGUACCCAUUGCUCCUUUCUGCUAUAGAAUUCUUGCCUCGUUGUUUAAAGACACCUCAAGUACAAACAGUAUGACAUGUUUAUCUCUUAGCAAGUGGAAUCAUUCUCCUGUUUCAGGUUGCCCAUUCCUUCUAUGGUCAAACACACUGUUGACCGAAAGAAUUUACUGACCUUCACAAAGUGUCUUAUUUCUUAUUAUUUCUUUAAGACUUCUUGAUUACUUUAUAAAACAUUUGUAAUUUAUUCAAUGGAUGGGAUAUGCUUCACCAACCAUGGAUCAAUUGAGAGGAUCACUUUGCAUGCCUGGAUGUUCAGUUUUGGGCUAGUUGUAAUAGUAGAAUCAUGAAGACUUGUUAGUACUUUAGCUUCAUCAAUCUCAGACUAGUCGGAAUAUGAAAUUCAAGUGAGAUAUUAUGGACCUGGUCAUUCGAUGCCAUUCUGUGUGUUCAUUUCGGAUGGACAAUAGGUUAGCAACACCAAGUUAUCGAUUGGACAGGUUGUAAUGUUUCAGCUUGUCCUUGAUAUUGAUGAUGUAGUAUAUGUGAUUAUUCAGCUAAUGUAGUCUAAGAUCAGUGAAACUCAAGUAUGCAAGUAGAAUUUGCUCAGUUCAAAAGGAAAACUCGCAUAAUGCGCAAAUGAUAGUUGCUUUGUAAAUCGCGCUAAUUUAUAAACCUCUUGCUUUGUUAUGUAGUUUGCAUGUAAUUGUUGCCUAUACUUAAGAUGAUUUUUGUCCAUCUCCUCUUUUUCUCAAAUGUUUUUCUUUAACGAGCCAAUCCUUAGCGACAUUUGUGUGGAACAUAAGUUUCCCAGUUACCAUAAACCAAUGCUCUUGUUGAUGGAGCUAAGUAUCACAUUCGCAUGUUGUAAUAACUUUAGUUCUAUAAAGGUAUGCAAUAAUUGAUCGAUUCAGAAGUUAAUCAGUUUCGAUUGAGGUUAUAUUUGUGAUGAAUGAUCAACAUUGCAAAUUUGAUAUCUGGCCGACACCUCACAAUGUAACACUUGAUAGAUCUUAAUGGUUAAACACCGGUUCUCAAACCGCCGGUUAGAUAGAUGAAGUCCCAAUACAUCAGUCAUGAUUCGUCUCCCUGCUAUAAUCUCGUUGUUAGGAUGUGAUGUGCAGGUGUUCUUUGUCUUCUCUGUGUCUGGUCUGACUUGUCUGGUGAGUAGACUUGUAUAAGAUGGUCGUCUACAGAAUCAAUAUAUCAAUACAUGACAUGAAUAAAGUGCAUAUUCUGUGGCA